CAGGAAUUAAGAAUUUAACAUUUUGAUAUAUGAACAGUAAAGCUCGAUCGAUAACUCUAAUGCGCUCUCUGUGGUGCUAACUGCAGGAUGUCAAGACGCAGUUCAUCAUACUAUUCCCAGACAUACCAUUUUUAGAGUUUCUUUCUGGAUAAGUUCUUCUGAGAGCCAACAAUGGAAGGACGCAUUUACCAGAGUCAUCAAGCAAGCGGUUGCCUUCGUACUUGGCUUUCUCUGCUGCUGUCCCUUCUUCAUGUCCUUCUCCACUUGGCGCUGUCAAGGCCUUGUCAAGCAUGCUGACUUCGCACGAAAAUGAUAACCAAAAACUUAUUCCAAAUAAGUUGUCGUAGCCAUCUUUUUGAUAGGGAUUGAAGCAAGCCUGAACGGACAAGAGCUAUGAGGUCAUGUGCUGACAAGUAGUUGUCAGACUGACGAGGCUCAUGGUAUGCGUAAUGCGCCAAUUCAUUUCGGAAGUUAACUACAGGAAAUGUUGGAAUACUGCAUUUAGUCCCGCAUUGGGCCUGGUGAGCUGGGUGUUGAUGUGCCAGCCAGAUGGCCCCGGUGCAUCCAGAGAUAAGGUGAACGAUUCACAUGGAUUGUACGGCCAGAGCGGUCUGUACAUCAGCUAACUUAAUCCUCAGACACAGUACAAUGACGAGAUCUCCCGGCAACUGCUGCAAACCAUCAAUGUAUCCAAGUUGAAGGGGUUAGAUUCGGAAGAUGCGGUUUGCGACAGACUUGUUGUGGCGCCGAACUGUCAACUAGUGGCGACGAGCUCUUUGGCUGCUCCAAAAUGGAUCAAUAACGAGAUAUAGAAUCAUAAGCAUGAUCAACAUGUGUGGGAGUACAAGACGAGACGUGCUGGGGGUCGAGGCAAUCACUGGCCCAACUUCAUGUGGGGAUCCUGCAUUCGAAAUCUUCUGUUUUGAACCUGUGGGAUGCGGUGUGGUGAAAUACACAUAAUCCAGACUCUGAUGGAUAUGAGGGGGGAGGGGGUUUCCGCCGAUCCACGGGGAUUAAGCGAUUGUCGGCCUCAAAAUUAGUGCAUUCCAAUGCACUCCGCCAAGUAGCCCAAUGUUAGGACUUAUUUUCUUCGCAUAUGGCCGAUGUCCUCGAUUGAGCGUGAUGCAGCAUUAUACAAUAUGGUGGACGUUGCCGAGUACUAGACCUCGAAAUUACGAUCUGAUUGUGGCUUACGCCAGGACAUGAUUCCCAGGAAGUGGUUGGGUGCCUCAAGCUUCAGUGCAUUCAAUGCGCAUGACGUAUCGUACUGGAGGAAGAUCUGGAUGCAGCCGUAUCCAUUGCUCACUGGUGAGGCCGACAACAUGGAGUACUCGGCGAAGCAAGUUACAGGGGGCCCAGUUUGGCGUGAGUCAUUUCUGUAAAGCAAAGCCUCCUGCAAGCGUCGCGAAAGGAUUACAGACAAGCCGUGUAUGCUUUAGAUCUCGUUACAAAGCAGACUGCCAGAAAACAGCGAGGUAGUGAUAAAUAAGCCAGCCCCCGAUACUCUCUUCCCCUUGCUGCUCAUAAGUCGUGAUCAUCUGCAAUAUCAUCAGGAUGGCUUCCAAUUCCCAAAACACAUCGGAAAGCAAGCCUGGUCCAGACACAGAUUCUCGAAUCAACCCUUCGGCUGUUGCUAACAGUCCAUGCACUACUAGCUCGAGAGUAGUAGUUGUCGGCAUAUAUGGACUUCCGGGGUCUGGUAAGACGUUUUUGCUGAACUUGUUGAGCUAUGAGCUUCGCAGAGAGCUUUUCGAGUUCUAUGAUGGAUCCGAGAUGAUUGCCAAGAUCUCCCCUGGCGGUCUUGAAGGAUUCCAGAGACUAGAGGAGGGCGAGAAAGUACAAUGGCGCCAGCUUGCCAUUGAUACAAUUCGGGAAGAGUGUGCAAAUAGUGGACGAGUUGCCGUUGUCACUGGACAUUUCAUGUUCUGGCCAGAGGAGGAAGCUGGAACGCCAAUAUAUACCCAAAAUGACCUUGAAACCUUUACGCACAUUCUUUACUUGGAUACUCCUGUCCAGGUUGUCUUGCAACGUCGUCAAGGUGACAUGACGAGACAUCGCCCUUCUAUGUCCUUGAGCCAUCUAUCGAAGUGGCAGGAGGAAGAAAAGACACAGCUGCGCAAUCUCUGCCGCAAUCAUGGAAUUCUAUUCUCGCUUGUCUCACAGCAGGCGACACUACUAGACAAGGUCUUGAUGCUGCUACGUGAUUUCCAGUCUCAUACAGAGGACUACAACUUGUCUCUUGCCGAAAGCUUUCUGGAUGAGUCCGUAGUGGCUGGACAAACCGAGCUGAGGACAGUAUUGGUACUGGACGCCGACAAGACCUUGGCUGCAAUGGAUACCGGCAUGUUGUUUUGGCAGAAGGUGCACGCUUCUCAGCAAGGAGAGAGGGACGGCCCUUUGAAGGCGUUGUUCAGUAGCUCGCUGGGUUACUCUUACACGGCCUUUCGCCAGGCAACUUUGAUGUAUGAAGAGAUAGCUGAUGACGAGAGAUUUGAUUCCAUCUGCCAUGAGGUGGCAUCGAUGGUGACCAUGUAUCCCGAAUUUGCGAUCCUAUUGAAAUUGGUGAUGAAAGAGAGGCAUGUUGGUGCAGUGAUUAUUAGCUGUGGAUUGCGUCGGGUUUGGGAGAAGGUGUUGGAGAGAGAAGGGCUCUCCCAAUCGGUCAAGGUCAUCGGCGGAGGACGUAUCGCAGAUGGCUUUGUCGUUACAGCUGGAUUGAAGGCGGCGUUAGUGGCUCGUUUGCAGAAUCACCACCAGAUGUAUGUUUGGGCGUUCGGGGACAGCCUGCUCGACUUGGAGAUGCUGAGCACGGCAGACCAGGCUAUUGUUGUCGUGGGCGACGAGAAGACCAGAAGCAGAACGAUGGACUUGGGGUUGUUCAACGUAAUCCGAGAUGGUCGUCUCCAAGCACGCCAGGCUGUGCUGCCUAGCGAUUCGAUGCCUCGUCUAAACACCAGCAUGCUUCCCUUGAUUUCUAUAGUGGAUCCGGAUUUUGUCGAUUCUAUCUUUCGCCUCCAUACUCGACAAGCUGGCAUCAAAGUGCAUCACGCAACGGAUCGGAACAGUACGAAGCUCCUGAUGACGCCGAUGCGAGAUGCAAAUGUUAGUGGUCCAGCCUUGAGGGAAACUCAUCGCCGUGUCGGAAAUUAUCUAGCCACCGUCUUUUUGACUUGCGUGGUUGGUAUCGAGGAGAUUCCGAUAUCUCACGUACAGGGUUAUCAUACAAGCGGCUAUCGACUGCUAAACGAGCAAAAGACAUCGAUUGUAGCGCUCAUGCGCGGCGGAGAACCGAUGGCUCUCGGGGUUAACGAGAUCUUCCCGUUGGCUAUGUUUGUUCAUGCAAGCUGUCCAGAAGACAUCAAGCCCCACCAUCUGCAAGGACAAUCUACUGUUGUGUUAGUGGACUCGGUGGUGAAUAAUGGCACAACCGUGGUACAGUUCGAGCAACAUGUACGCAGAUUGAAUCCCACUAUUCGCGUCGUGAUCAUUGCCGGUGUUGUCCAGGCGCAGUCCGUCUCUGAGGGUAGCCCUAUCUGUCGGCUUGCUCGCAGCCAGAAACUUGAUAUCAUCGCCCUUCGCCUCUCCGAUAACAAGUUUACUGGUAGGGGCACCACCGAUACUGGCAAUCGUCUCUUCAACACAACGCAUAUGCCAUGAGAAUAUAAAAGAUCUUCGAGAGCUGGCGCGGUGAGGGCAAGGGUGUCAGAACUCAGAACCAGCUAUGAUGCUCCAGAGAUGCUAGGAAAUGAAAGUCUUUUGAGAAUGAUUAGUCUUGUUUACACGUAAUAGCAAAGAAUAUACGGAGCCUUACAAUGUCAUUCCUCCGGCAUCCUA